AGAAAGGGUCCAAAAUCUUGAGACUCCCGCCUAAUGCGGGAGAGUUGACAGAUUGGAGCUCAUGGAGCCAGUGUUCUAGCAUAUGCAGUGUUGGGAGCCAAACACGUAGCCGCAUCAAGAUAGUUUAUGAAUCCUGGGGAGGAACUUGCCCUUAUUCUUUUAGUGAUACCCGCUCAUGUGGGAUCCAUAAUAAUGGCUGUAUGGGUUCAGGAGCCUCUUGUGAUCCAUCCACCGGAGAAUGCAGUUGUACGAUGGCAGGAUUCACAUUGGCUUCAGAUGGCAAGACGUGUGGAGACAUAAACGAGUGUGCUCCUAACAGUGGGCGUGGUCCUUGUGACCAAGCUUGUACCAACACCAUGGGCUCAUUUUACUGUAGCUGUAAUCCUGGCUAUACCAAGAAUGGGUACACUUGCACCCCGAAAGACUGCGGCUCCGCCCAGGUCCCCGAUUGCCCCAGCGAUACCUAUCAGGAUCAGUUUUCUGAAGCUUGCAAAAAGAUAAUGAGUCAUUGCCCUUCUGGGACGUCCUAUACUAGGGCAUGUACCUUGUCUUGUCCCAGUGACUACAGGCUUGCACGCAUAACUGCCCAAGCAGGGAGAAAAUUCGCUGAGAUGUAUUCCAGUGCGGAUUUCCGCAGCGUUGUGAGCAGCAUAACUUGUCAGUUAGACGCUAGUAAUACUUUUGUCGAGUGGAGCAGUAGUCUGAAAAAGCAGUUCUGCCGCCGGGUGAAUGAUCCCCCAACAAGUCUUCACAUAUCUGGGAAUACUCUACUGGAACAUGCUGCUGUAGGUACUGUGAUUGGUACCAUUACCACACGUGACCAGCAGACGGGACAGUCAUUUCUCUACACUGUUGUGUCCCCUUCAUGGCUUUUUACAGUUCAAGGAGACGAUCUUCAGAGCUUGUGGCAAGACCCAAAGCUGCACGGAAUAAUUCCACUGAACAACAGUGAAAUCGAGGUAACGAUUAGAGCCACUGACGAUGGAAGUCCUCAAAUGUGGCUUGAGCAGGCUUUUAAGGUGAAAGUCUUGAAUGUGAAUGACCCUCCUAUGAAUAUUACUUUGACGAAGUUGACUGUCCUUGAGAACGUGCCUAUUGGAACUGAGGUCGGUGUGUUGACUGCAAAUGAUGGUGACGAUCCUUGGGGUACUCCUGCUUCUUCUAACUUUAGCUGGGAACUAAUCAGUACCAGUGACGACCAUUUUAAAAUAAUUGGUUCUAAAGUUGUUGUUGCCAAAUCACUAGAUCACGAGUCUAGAAGUAUUCAUAAAAUUGUGAUCAAGUGUUCCGAUUUUGGGCAUCCGGUUGGGAUUACAACCGCCACGUUUAUGAUAAAUGUGCUUAAUAAAGAUGAGCCGCCGAAACAGAUCACACUCAACCCGACAAGCGUUGCGGAGGAUGCUGGGAUUGGGGCACGGGCCGCAGGACUCACUGCCCUCGACGAGGAAGGAGAUACAAUAGUAUUUAGCAUUGCUCCCUCCGAUAAUUCUACUUUGGAGAAGUUUGAGAUUGGUCCUACCUCGUGCAGAUUAAAUGGCAAGCAGAGCACGUGCGCGGCUGAUCUGAUGGUAAAGGGAAAGCUGGACUACGAGGCUCGGGACCUCUACUCUUUGACUGUCAUGGCGAACAGUUCAACUGGGCCAGUGUUUAAGUCAUUUUUGAUUUCUAUAAUCAAUGUUAACGAGGUGCCGAGUGAUGUUCAGCUAACGGGGAGUCACUCGGUUGAUGAGAACGCCAUAGCCGGAACUAUUAUUGGCUCGUUUAUGGUGACUGACCCAGAUAACAAGGUCACUCAGACCCAGUCUCACUACUGUAGCGCGGCCGCCGCUAGUGCCCAGUCGCCGGGAAGCAGCUUCUUCACGGUCAAGGGCGGCGCUGUGCUGGAAGUAAAGGGAAUGCCUGUGAUCGACUACGAAAAAACGAGGCAACUGACCAUACGAGUCACGUGCACAGAUGAUGGCACCCCCAAGCUGUCAAUCACGAAGGACUUUGUUAUUAUCGUCAAAGACGUCAACGAAGCGCCAACGUCGAUCACGUUAACCAAUAAAUCUAUCCCCGAAAACAGUCCGACUGGUACCUUAGUAGGGACUUUGACGUGCGAGGAUCCAGAAAGCCCCAAUGACACUUGCACCUUUGCAAUAAUGGGCCCAAGUGGGGUCCCGUUUUCAAUAGGGGCUGAUGGGAAAAGCUUCCUCGUGAACGGGUCUCUGGACUAUGAGACGGAAAAGACAAUUGACGUUGUUGUCAAGGCAACAGAUAGAGGAGGAUUGUAUAAAGAAGAGAUACUGACUGUUAGUGUUUCAGAUCAAAACGACCCCCCGACCGGAAUAAACCUACCGGGGACUGGGGGCGAGCUGAGUUUCAAUGAAAACAGCCAAUCAGGCAUUCUCAUUAGCAUUAUCCAAUUAGUGGACCAAGACGGAGAUUUGCCCAGGUGCGCUCUGACGGACGAUGCCGGGGGGCGUGUGCGAGUCCUAGGAACUACCCUAGUUGCAGGUUCGACGAAUUCGGAUUAUGAGGCACUCACCCCACCCUCGCUCCACAUCGUGCUGAACUGUUCUGAUGGUCACGGCCAGCAUGUCAGUCAGGCGUUCGAUAUUGCUGUGAAAGAUGUCAACGAAGCCCCAACUGGCAUAUCGCUUAGCAAUAAAAGAGUACGCGAAAACGAGGCUAAUGCCCUAGUUGGCUCCAUUACUGUCACCGACCCCGACAUCAACCAAUCACAUCGCUGUACUGUCUGUGACGUCAUCAGUGACUCUUCCUGUACCAGCAGUACGGAUUUCGUGAUCGAUGACGCGUUGCGUUUGAUGACGUCACAUGGGCUUGAUUUUGAGUCUGCGCAUGCUCGGAUGAUUAAGAUAAAAUGCACAGAUGAGGUUGGCAGUCGACACACGCCGCUCUCUAUAGAGAAAGCGUUUACUAUAACAGUUGUUGAUGUCAACGAGCCACCUAGUAGUUUCUGCAAGUCUCCGUUUGAGCAGGCAAUCAGCGCGUCUAUUGGGUCAGUGGUUACUCUUCUAAAGGCUGUUGAUCCCGACAACUCUGACUCCCAUGGCAACAAGAAACAGACGCUGACCUAUCAGCUGAUUACUGAGGGCUCAAACGCUCUGCCCUUCUUACUUCAAGACAACAAAAUUUUCAAAUCUGCUGACAUUUUGAGGCCAGCUAACUACACAGUCUCAAUCAAAGUGACCGAUAAUGGCCGCGUGGUCCGUGGUUUAUCCUCAAAUGGUUACAUCUACGAACUUCAGCAGCCCUUGUCAACUGUCUUCAACUGUUCCAUAGUUAUCUCAGAUAUCUCUUUAUCGGCGAACAUAAGUCUUGUGCCCAACUCGGUCUCUGUUCUUUCAAGAGAGGGUACUGUUAUAGGCGAGCUGAGGACGAAGACCGCCAAUCCGGGCGAGACGUUUACUUACACGCUGACAAAUGGAGACAAUCUUCCCUUUGCUAUAAAGGACGACCAGGUGGUGGUACGGAGUUUCCGUGUGAAGGAUGCCCAGUUCAUCUCCGACAAGAAUGUGUACGUGUAUCUCAGCAUCCGGAGUAUUGGGUCUCAGAGCGGCGCAAUGGCCCAGGGACUUUACGUCAAUGUUAUCAAUGACGCACCUGAAAUAAAGAUGUGUCUUGUCAAGAAAAGCAUCGCAGAAAACCAGCCGCAGGGGGGUAUAGUGGGGCAGCUGUUGUUGGAGUAUACGAACCCUCCUUCCCCUCCCAUGUUCAAAUGCUCUAUGACCAGCUGUUGUCACCAGAUCGGACAAGUGAAGUCGGACACAUAUCCUUAUGAGUGCAUGGUCGCUACUUCACAAGACAAUAAUGUGCAGCAGUAUAAUGCCUCAGCUCUGUUCUAUAUCGACUCAAGUCUUGUACUGCGCACGCGUGCGACCCUAAGUUAUGACGUAUUCAGCUCCACUGCGGGGCGGGUCAGAGUUCCUGUCAGUUGCUAUGACGACAGCAAACCGUUGCACUUCAUUGGUGAGACCUACAAUGUGGACGUACUAAAAUGCAACUCUAGUGGUCAGUGUCCGCUCGCCCCAGACUGCGCGCGGUGUGAUCAUGGUGGCACGUGUGUCGAUAAGGUGAACGGUUUCUCGUGUCGUUGUCCCGCGGGAUACACGGGACGAAGAUGUGAGGUGGAUAUCGAUGACUGCGCCUCACAGCCUUGUCAGAACGGAGGUACCUGCAAAGAUGGCGUGACGUCCUUUACUUGCGCCUGCGCAGUAGGGAUUUCAGGCGCGUUGUGUGACAGGACCUCGAGUCUUUGUGGUAAAUGCCCGCGUGAUACCCUUUGCGUGACAUUCAUCAAGGCAGCUAUGAGAUGUGUAACGGACGAGUUCCAGAUAAGAAUUCUAGUUGACGGGAUUGAUCUAACGACAGAACAAUUACGAUCAAUCGAGCAAGAACUCGCUGAAAUAAUCGACACUGCCAUCUCACAAUCAACGAAAUCUCGCAAGCGACGCUCGUCCUCGGAAUACUACGUGGAGAUCCUUAAAUCCACCGCCAUCAAGGACGAGUCCAAAACCCUCCUCACAACAGUCUUCAUGGACUCUUUAUACCAGCCUAUGACGUCAUCAUACGCAUGCGCGCUAUUGGCCAAGUCCAGAAUGCCUUGCGUCGGGCAAAAGGAUUGUAAGACCCUGGCUGCAAUUAAUGAAGAGUGUCCAGUCUCCCCCGUGUCCGGUGCGCGUAAAGGCGCCAACUCGUCCGGUCUGAGCGAUGGAGGGACGGCUGGAGUGUCCGUUGUCAUCAUCAUCGUCAUCAUCGCCCUCCUCGUCUUCGCUGUGUUCUACUACAGACGAAAAUACAAAAACGCCAAGUACGAGACUGUCCGCGUCAUGUAUACCUCCUCGACAAACAAUUGUGCAAGCAGCCAUGACGAGAGACCAGUAAUAUACAAUGCGCAUGAUGAGCACAUGGAUUUCCAGAACCCAGUCUAUGAGCAGCAUGAAGUUGAUCCAGAAGCUGUGGAAACCCUCGCACGUGAGAGACUGGGAAAAGAGGAGUUUGUGGCGAAUAACCUGGACCCGACAAACGUCCAGAGACAUAAUGAUAUAAGGGUAUGUGACAACGCCCUUUACCUCCCCCCAGGGGAGGAACCAGCCCCCUCCUCCUUCGUCACAGUACGCAAUCCCUGCUACGGGAGCAGCGCGGGCGCAGUCCCUAAAUCCCGCAAAGUCAGUAACGUGCUGAACGAAAGACCUAAAGGCACCAGCGACCUCAAGACAGGCAAGAAAUUUCCACAGGAUGCCCAAGAGAAUAGAGACGAUUACGAGACGAUAGAUGACAUCAAGAAAAGCAUUAGUCCUCGCGGGGACGAGGAGGACUGGGACGAAGUGGAGAGACAGAAACGGGUGUGUUUGCCAGAGGGUGCUGUUGGUGGAGACGAAAAACUUGAUGGAAAGAAGAGGAGGGAUUAUGAGAAGACGAGGUCGCCCGAUGCGCGAGACGCUCCCCGUUACGAAGAGUCGCCAUUGUCGUUAAAGCGUCCAACGAAAGGCACCAGCGGCGUCGACAAAACCCAAAGCCCACUCGCACUGGUUAAUCCCACUUACGAAAUGGCAGAUUGUUCCGUGAGAAAGAAAGAUCCGAUUUACGACAACAUCGUGAUGAAAGACUCAACCGGAAAUGACGAUGCGGAUGAUGUAUUCGACAUACCGGAAGUGACCACACCACAAGACGAACCGCUGUACGCUGUCAUUCCCGCGACGGGCUCAGGAAAGGGUGUGCGCAGGCGCGGUUUCUUCAGGAGCACAUCGUCAGAGAAGUCAGAAGGGGAGGGUGGGGAGGGUGGGGAGGGUAAUAAUGACUCAACUGCGUGAACAGAGCAUGCGCAGCACGACGCCUAAACAAGCUCAGUGGCUGGGUAAUGCAUUUUAGCUUUGAUGUAUUUUUCCUAUUCCUGUCUAUAUUUAUCGCAUAUUUUAAAUUAACAUAUUUUAAAUUAACAAUAACAUUUAUUCUUAAUUUAUAAACGGUCGCUGUGGUUAAGUUAAGAACAGACGGGUUUCGUUUGCUUUAAUUAGAAUUAAAAUUGGAACUCAUUUAUUCAGUUAGACACAAACACUUGCUUUUAAGCCCAGUUUCCGAGCAUGGGCUGGGUACCCACAAACCCAUUCACCCACGGCGUGCCACAGCAAACCCGUGAACGCCAGGAUUGGCUGCUUGUUUUUAUUUUCCUUUAAGGAAUCAAAAUAACUUAUAGCAACAAAUAGCCUCCGUCACAGGCAACUCUGUGUUAUUUUAAUUGUGUAAUUAAAAGAUUUGAUUUAAAGAAUGUCAGAGGUCUUGGGCUUCCUGUGCUUUUGCUCAAACCGGAAACCGAAGACGGUGCUUUCACAUUUCUUUGGUUGUCUACGCGGGGGGCCAUAACCACAAUUAAGAUUGAGCACAUUUAAAUCAAUAGGAACAGAUAAUAGGAGUUAAAUGAGUUGUUGUCAUUUGUACAAUUCUCCAAACAUAUACAAAUUGUAUUCACAGUUUCGAUUAUGUAAACAAUAGACUCGGGCGUUGUAGUCAUGUAACUCCGCAAACGACACGUACUACGGGCUCAGUUGCGGGUAUUGCAUCGAGUGCUCACCCUGUUACACAAACCUAAGUUCGUGAGAUAAUAAGUAAAACAAUUUGAAACACACUAAAUGAAUAAAGAAAUAAUUGGCUGAGAUGCUAGCGCUUCCGACAAAUGCAAAGUGAUACCGACCUAGAGACUAUAGAUGAUAGAAAAAAUAGACAAUUUAAAUCUCCAUUAAAACAGUAGAUUAUUUUUUUUUUAGAAAUUCUACAGUAUUAGUGUAUAAAGGAAAAAUUACCGUACUGCUCGGAGAAUGAGAAUGGUUGGUCGGUUUUGCGUGGUUCGGGAACACUAUUGCACCUAUAUUUGUAAAUAAUAAUAAUGAUUUUAAAAUAAAAUAACUUGUUUCAAACAUA